AUGUCUCUCACCCACGCACUCAUAGCAAGGGGCACCACCGUCCUCGUAGAACACGCCACCGGCUCAGCAGAGCUCAAGCCAGAUGUCUGGCAAGACCGCUUGAUCCACUAUGUUUCGUCUAACGGCGUAGUCUACCUUGUCAUGGCCGACGACUCUGUAGGGAGGAGGAUGCCUUUCGCUUUCCUUGCAGACCUCGAGAGAAGGUUCACAGCUCAAUACGACAGCGACGACAUCGUUUCAGCUGGGGCCCACUCCGCCGAGGACUUUGAGUCUGAAUUGAGCAAGCUCAUGCACCAGUACACUACUGCUCCGCCCGCUGAUCCUCUCCGUCAAGCCCAGUCCGAUCUCAACAACGUUAAGGACAUCAUGGUCCAGAACAUUGAUUCCAUACUUCAACGCGGAGAACGUUUGGAUUUGCUGGUAGACAAGACAGAUACGUUGGCUGGACAAGCGUAUGCUUUCAGGAGAGGAGCGAGAGCUGUGAGGAGACAACAGUGGUGGAAGAAUAUCAGGAUCAUGGCUUUGACGGGUGUCGUUGGUUUCGUGAGUCGCGCGUCAAAACUCUCGAGAUGUGUUUGCUGA